AGGGAUGUGUAGGUAAGAGUGUUUACACUCCUGCUCACCAGUAUGCACAAAGCCACUUAGAAUGGCAAGAUAAGAUAGUUACGAAGGUCAUUGUUGCUCAGAACAUCAGUGACGGUGCUCAGCAAAGGCAGCGGACCCCGGAAUAAGCUUACUACUACAGACCUCACCGAACAUUUAGUCUGCCUCAAAGAGUGUUGUCAGAAGCAUGUUCGUUCUCCAGGAACCUCUGAAGCACCAACCCAAAUGCCGGGUACACCUACAUGUCCAUUUGGAUGGAGCAAUCAGACACGAGACCCUCUGGGAGGUUAUGAGCUAGUGCUUUUGGAGGUUCGCGUCUUCCGCAUAGAUGAUUCGCAACUGUACUGUUGCACCUACUCAAAGAUAUAAGGGAAUGAGGCUUCCUGGCAGUGGCUCUCUUGCAGACUUCAAGGCAGCAGUUCAGGUGCAGGAACCAAAAGAUCUUGUGUGCUUUCUUGGAGGCUUUCAAAUUUUUUUGCCUGCCAUUGUAAGAGACCUUGCCGUCAUAGAAAGAAUAGCUUAUGAAUUUGUAGAAGAUCAAGCCAAAGAUUCUGUUGCCUAUUGUGAAACCAGAUUCAGUCCCCACCUUCUCCUGAAUGAACCAAGUCAACCCAGCUUCUUGUCAAAUGGUACACCAGCACGUCUAAAUGGUACUCUGGAUGGGAAUAAUGGAGAUUCCAUUAAUGAUGAGGUGACUGUGGAUUUGAUCUUAAAUGCUGUCCUGAAGGGUCUGUCACGUGGAGAGAAGGACUUUGGAACAAAAGUCAGAGUUAUCCUUUGCUGCAUACGAGGAACUUCAGAUUGGUCUUGGGAUGUUCUUCGUUUAUGCGAGGAAUAUCGUGACAAAGGAGUUGUUGGUAUUGAUAUUGCUGGUGAUGAGUGCACUUCUCUCAAUGAAGAGUCUUCAAUGAAAAACCCAGUGGAUAUAGCAGUGUUUGAGGCAGCCAAAGAGAAAGGGAUACAUCGCACAGUUCAUGCUGGAGAGGCUGGACCUGCAGCUUGUGUCAAACUGGCUGUUGAAGUCUUCAGUGCAGAGAGAAUAGGUCAUGGUUAUCAUGUAGUAGAAGAUGAAAGUAUAUACCAAAUGUGCUUAAGAGAGAACAUUCACUUUGAGGUGUGUCCUCAUUCAUCUUACUUAACAGGAUCAAUAAAACACUUAGGCACCUCCUCAAAGAGACACCCUGUUCUCAGGUUUGCUGAGGAUGAAGCCAGCUUCAGCAUCAACACCGAUGACCCAACCAUUACCAACACGCAGUUGAGGGAUGAAUACAAGCUCCUCGCUGACUGGGGUUUCACCGAGGCACACUUUACUCGUCUUAAUUUCCAAGCAGCACUCCAUUCCUUCCUGCCACCAGAGGAAAAGAAGGCUCUACUGGAUCAACUUCAUGAGGCUUAUGGUAUUGUAGAUUACACACUACCGGUUUCAGCAUCUGUGUCACCUUCUUCCACUCGCAUGUCUACACCACCUCCGAAACCAAGCGUCACCUUUGGGACCUGGGCAGAACGAUCUUAAAAUGUUGAAAACAAGAGAAAAUUGGGAAAAAUAUUAGGUUAAUAUAAGAACUUAAUUGUAAGGCAAGUUCAUAUUUCCGCUGAUCAGAUUCUUUCUGUGUUUAUUAUUUUAGACAUCUGUGUGCUGAUAAAGCAUUCGUAUUGAUUUUUUUAAGGUCUUCACUUGACAUGUACAUUUGUAUAAAGGCUGGACAUUGUACAAUAUAUUAUUAUAUAUAUAUAU